AUGAUAGAAAUUAAAAAUAAAUUAGUUUCCCUUGUUAUUAAUUUAUCUACAUUAACCAUUUUAGUAUGUUCAUGGGAAUAUUUCCAUGAUUCGGCUUCCUUUGGAAAUUCUUGGAAUAAGGAAGCCAGCCAAAAUAGUGAAUCAAAUACAAGAAUUUCCAGAUUAUUAAAGGGAGACAUAGAACUGUAUGGUGUAAGAAGAAAUGAAAAUUUAAGACAAAAUGAACCAUGUAGACACAACAUUUAUGAAAAUACUUUUGGAAAAGAAUUUGGUUCAAUAAAAAAUGGUAAAAACUUACCAAAAAAAUAUAAUAAGUUAGUACUUAGUUCAAAUUCUCAAAAUUAUUUUGAUAGUUUUGAAUCUAUACCUGAUGCAUUAAUAUAUAACAAUUUUGAUUCAAAUGAUAGCUUAGAUCAGUAUGCAUCAAUUGAUUAUUUACCUGAUAAUAAUAAUAAAAAACAAAAAGAACAAAAAAAAAAAAUUUCUCAAAAGUUGAAUAAUAAUGGUAAAGUAAACAGAAACAAAAACAUAGAAAUAAAUGAAUUAUCAAAAAAUGAAUUAGAAGAAGAUGAAUAUUCAACAUAUGAAUAUUCAGACUUACCGUAUGAACAAAGAGUAGCAAAAUUAGAGAAGUUAGAAAGUAUUGCACUUAAAAAUGAAAAAUCUAAGUCGGGAUUUCUUAAUUUUUUAAAGAAAUUAGACAAUAAUAUUGAGCUUGAUAUGUACCGUGCCUUGAAAUCUGAUUUUAAAACCAAAGAUUUUAACAACAAAAAGAUGAGUACACCCAAAAAAAUUAUAAAACUUAUAAAUCAUUAUAAGGUAUUUGCUCCUAUUUUAAUAAAUAUUGUUUUUUCAUUUGUGAUGGGAUGCCUAGAAUUCUAUAAGACGCAGGCUUUCCUCUGUGGCAUAACUCUUUUAUUGUUAUUUUAUACUUUACACAAAUUAGUAAAAUUAGAUUCUAUGAGAUAUGUAUUCAAAAAACAUAUGAGAUCAUUAUAA